UGGAGCGCGCCGAAGCAGAAUCAGCUGAGCCACCAUCCGCGCCACAAAUCUAAAUGUAUGUACAUAUGUGCGCUGAUCUGGCAUCAGCGCCUGAAGGAUGAAAACACGGGCUUGGCCACACCCUCUACAGCACAGAAUGGGCGGUUAAGAGCAGAGCCACCCUAGCAACUCUAGACAGGAACCAAUCACAGUAAAUCUAAGGAGGCUGAUAGAAGAGAGGGAUCGUGGCAGAACAGUUCUAUGGACAAGGUUUGCUCGAAAGAGAAGAGGCGAUAAAACCUUGGGAUGCGUUAGUGACAGUUUUAUGAAGAUUAGCAUUUCUGUUAUUCUUGUACAUAUAAGCAGCCAUAUUUAAGAAGCUAAUUGGCUUAUGUUACUAUACUGUAAACAUAUGAGGGGUUUUAUUUACCUCCUAAUGUGACGCAACAGCAUCAGUGGAUCCUCAGACUCUUACAGUAGCACAGCUUUAGUGAUGUACUGGACGUGAGAUUUUAAAUAUAGGAAAGGAAAUUUCCUUGAGAUGAAAAGAUAGAUUUGUUUUUGAAUCAGGUAUAUUGUUUGUGGCACUGGCGGUGGUCUGAGUAAUUUAAGUCCAUCAAGGAACAGUUACAUUAUGUACCAGAAUGGGUCAUCGGGCUGAUGUGAAGAUGAACCACAGAAACAGCCCAGCAAAGGCUUAUGAUUUCCUUCUGAAGUUCCUGCUGGUUGGAGACAGUGAUGUGGGGAAAGGGGAAAUACUGGCUAGUCUACAGGAUGGUUCCAGUGAAUCACCCUAUGGAUACAAUAUGGGAAUUGACUACAAAACAACUACCAUAUUGCUUGAUGGACGUAGGGUCAAGCUCCAGCUUUGGGACACCUCAGGACAAGGCAGAUUCUGCACUAUUUUCCGCUCAUAUUCCAGAGGGGCACAGGGUGUUAUCCUUGUAUAUGACAUCACAAACCGAUGGUCUUUUGAUGGCAUCGACAGAUGGAUUAAAGAGAUUGAUGAGCAUGCACCGGGUGUUCCCAAAAUUCUGGUGGGGAACAGGCUUCACCUGGCCUAUAAGCGUCAGGUGACCACAGACCAUGCCCAAGCGUUUGCAGAGCGACUGGGUGUCACGUUCUUUGAGGUCAGCCCUCUCUGUAACUUCAACAUUACUGAGUCCUUCACUGAACUGGCCCGGAUUGUGCUCAUGAGGCAUGGUAUGGAGCGACUUUGGCGACCCAAUAAAGUUUUGAGCCUGCAGGACCUGUGCUGUCGUUCUAUCGUGUCCUGUACUCCAGUGCACCUCGUGGACAAACUUCCCCUUCCUGUUGCCUUAAAGAGCCAUCUAAAGUCCUUCUCCAUGGCUAACGGCCUCAAUGCCAGGAUGAUGCACGGCCGUUCCUACUCAGUCAUAACCAGCAGUGCUAAAAAAAGGAACGGAACCAAAAAAUCCAAAGUCAUCUACCCACCAAUGAGCCCCUCCCAGAUCUGCGCACGGACAACUUGCAAGAUUUCAUAGUUCAAUGCCGUUUCUGUACAUUGAAAUACACACUCAAAAUGCAAUUUAAACAAGGAGCUAGUGUUCAAAGCCAACACAGUCUUACAAUAAAUACGAACAAGCUAGAGAAUUGUGGCUUAUGAUGUCUUUGAUCUAUCAAGGUGAUUGAUCAACCAUGUACACAGUGUCAGCUUGAUUAAAACAGAUGCUCUUGGCCAUAUCCAAUAAUGAUUGCUGAAAGAGACUGGACAGACUUUCAAGUGAGGAUCUGUUUCUAAGUGUCGCCAAGCCUUUAUAAUGUUCUGCAUUGUUUAAAUAUAUGUACAAGUUCUUUUGUCUUGUAAAUGUAUUGAGACAUGAUGGUACUGCAUUUUCUUGUGGUGGACUCUUUUACUACCUAACAUGGACCAAGCCAGCAGGAGAAACACAUGGGUCUUUUCUGCUUUGUGAUCACUUUCAAAAUGGACCUUACUGAUAAGAAGUAAUACCAGCUUAAAUUCCUUUAAUACUUUUAUUCACACACUUUUCAGGGGCAAAGAGAGAAAAGUCAAGGUUGACACAUGCAGCUCUUUGUAUUGUGUAUAUAUAAUUUGUUUUGUUUGAUACUACAUUGUUAGAAUUUAUUAUUGUGAUACACUUGUUUGGUGACCAAUAUUGUAAGUUUAUAUGGGAAACACACCAAAGACAUGGGAGAUUAGCUACAAUGUGACUUCAUUUGUCAGAUUGAAAACAACACUAAUAGUUUAGAUUUACACUGCAAGCAAAUACAAAUUUCUAAUUUGCUGUCAUA